CGCCACUCCAUAACGAUGUGGGAAAAUCAAGGGUUUUGGAACCAGACUUUGACCCUUGAUGACUUUUCUUGACUCUCCAGGCCCCAAAAUCUAUGCAGAGAUUGCAUACAGACCUGGACCUUUUCGUAUCGUUGAGCCCGUCCUCAUUCGAGCUCUAUCUGUAGCAAGAAACAUGGUAACCCAAGUAUCGGCAACUACUGGAAAUGACGAUGACGCCUUCCCAUACAAGCAACUGGCUGUCGUGGCCAUUUGCCGUCUGGCAGAACCUAUCGCGUUCACUUCGAUAACAGCAUAUACCUUUGUCAUGGUCAAAGAUAUCAAAGGUGAAGAAGACGCGUCCUUUUACGCCGGUCUUCUGAUAUCAGCCUUUGCCAUGGCUGAAGCCUCGACAGCCAUGAUCUGGGGAAAUAUUUCAGACCGAUAUGGCAGGAAGCCCAUCAUUCUCGUCGCAUUAGCAGGCACGGCUCUUUCAAGUCUCUUAUUUGGUUUCGCCAAACGAUAUUGGGUGGCUCUUCUUGCCCGAGUCGUCGGUGGUGCUCUCAAUGGAAAUGUCGCUGUUAUGCAGACAAUGGUAGCCGAAAUGAUCAAGAACCCGGCACAUGAACCCUCAGCAUACGCCGUUCAGCCUUUCAUGUGGAGCUUGGGGUCAAUUGCAGGCUCAGCGUUGGGGGGCUUCACAGCGCAACCUGCUAAAUUCUAUCCUCAUCUGUUUUCGCCUGAAGGUCUUUUCGGGGAGUAUCCCUAUCUUUUGCCAAACCUGGUCGCUGUGGUGGCAAUCCUCAUCGCCAUGCUUCAAGGUUGGCUGUUCCUCGAAGAGACCAACCCUCGACUCAAACCAAAAUUGGAUCAACCUGAACAAAGCCGAAUCGACGAUGGUCCUGUCUCGGAACGAACACCACUUUUCCGGCCGCGAGGACGUAGAGAAUCGGCAGUCGAGUCAAUAGCUGUAUCACUCGGUCGAAGCAGCAUGCGUGGCAGUAUUCGAGAGAGCUUUUCGUAUGCCGCCAACUCCGCCCCACUUCCCAAUGAUCCUGCCUUCGAUCUUCGGAGAGGCUCGCUCGCAUCCAUGGUGUCGAUCGGCUCCUUCAAACGCCUUGCCGGCAUGGCUCCCCAGAUCUCUGACGUCGUUGUCGAGGAUGAAGAAGACCCGGAUACUGAGCAAUCUGUCACCGCGUUCAAUAAACCAGUCAUAUUCUGGACUAUCGCCCUUGUUCUGAUGUCGUAUCACCAGAUGUCUUUUUACUCACUCUAUCCGGUCUAUAUGCUUGACGAUCCACACCAGCCCCCGAGACAUCUUGAUCUCAUCGGAGGGUUGGGAUUAACCCUGCCCAAGGUGGGCACUUUCCUUGCUGUGAACAGUAUUCUGUCUCUGUUCUUUCAAGGAGUUCUCUUUCCAAUAUUCGUGAGCAAGCUCGGUGUUUGGAAGGCUGUCUUUACCCUUGUUUCGAUAGCGCCUAUCGCGCACAUCCUGGCCCCCUUUGUCUCAAUCCUGCCGAACCCAGGCUGGGGUCUCUGGGCUCUACUUGCGCUUCAGAGCUUCACCUGCAUCAUCAUAUUUCCCAGCUUGUUGAUCUUGCUCAAAAACGCUACGGAGUCACCUCUUGUUCUGGGCAAGGUCAAUGGCUUAGCGAUGUCGGCUUGUUCCGCAGCGCGAACCGUUGCGCCGCCGUUAGGAGGUAUUAUCUACAGCUCGCUAGGGUCGGCAGCAGGUUGGUGGAGUUGUGCCAUCAUAUCGAUCGCGGCGAUUGUCCAACUGUUUUUCGCUCCUAGGCCCAAGGAGGACAAUGCCGCAAUCCUGCGCCGAGCUUCAGUUGUGGUAGAGGCGCCACCAAUGGCCGACCACGCGAGAGAUUGAACACCAGACGAUUUCACGCCUUUCCAUUACUAUAUAUCAUCGCCUCAAGGACGUGUCGGAUUGACACAUUGGUAUCUAUGCAUCACGCGGAGUUUUUGCGGCAUAUCGUUACUU